GCCUUAAAAAGCAUGUUGGUAGCAUCAAUGCCAGGCAGAUGGCACAUGUGGCUGGUGGCUGCCAUAUUGACAGUGCCGUUCUGGAAGAUGGAGAGAACUAUGACACAAUAAGUUUAAUUAAAAGGUCCUAUUACUGCUGGAUUGUGCAAGAUAUUUAACCGUGUUUUCUUUGAGGUAUGACUUAAAUAUCAAACAUCUUAAAUAAGAAAAGGGAAACAUUUUAGUUUUGGAAGUCAGAAUGCCAAGGAGAAGGAAAAAUCUUGGGGGAAAUCCUUUUCGGAAGACCGCAAGCUCUAAGGAAGUUGUCGUAUCCAGUGUUGCUAGUCAUGAGGAGCCAACCACUACUCUUCCUUCCAUGUGUGAGACAAAAGUUGAUCAGGAAGAACUCUUCACCAGUAUCUCAGAGAUGUUUUCUGAUCUGGAUCCCGAUGUAGUGUAUUUGAUGCUUUCUGAAUGUGAUUUCAAAGUUGAAAAUGCAAUGGAUUGUCUAUUAGAAUUAUCUGCCUCUGAUGCCAAGGUAGAAGAAUCAUCUUCAAAAAGCUUCAUUGCUUCUGAGAGCCAAGUAAGUGCUGUGGGACGUGAAAUAAUGGAAAAGUAUCCUUCUGAAGAAGAGAGUGAAGAUUCAAAAAUGGAUUCAUUUUUGGACAUGCAGCUAACCGAAGACUUGGAUUCCUUAAUACAGAAUGCUUUUGAGAAAUUGAACUCUUCUGAUGACCAAGUAUACUCAUUUUUGCCUUUGCAAAGUGUUAACAGUUUUAGUGACCCGAGUGCAUUUGUAAAUUCAGAUGCAAGUAGCAUGACUCCCAUUCUUUCUACAGAAAAUGUGGAUUUGAACAGUGAAAAUGUAGAGAAUUCUGCCUCUGCAUUAAGUUCAAACACUGUAACUUCACAUUCUGUUUCAGAUGAGUCCAAAAGUUGUAUAAAGGAUGACACAUUGGCAUUGGAAGAUUCUCUUCUCAGUGGUUCUUUAAAGGUAGCAAGUGACAGUAUGGUGGGUGGUAGCAAUCGUGGUCAAAGACCUAAAGAGCUUUUAGAAACUGAGUAUGUUGAGACUCCGUUCUCUCAAGCCCCUGUAGAUUUGGAUGACAGUGAACCUCAGGCUUUAAGCCUUACUGUGCAAAAUCUGGGGCUUGAUUUACUAGGUACAGGUGGGGAUCAGAAAUCUGCUUCUGUCCCUGAUAUGUUUGUACCUUCUGAAGAGUUCAAUUUCAAACCGCACAAACGUACUGAACUGCCGUCAAAGGGGAAAGAUGUGAAUUACUGCCCAGUACUUACCCCUCUCCCUCUACUGCUGCCUCCUCCUCCACCUCCACCAAUGUGGAAUCCAAUGAUUCCUGCUUUUGACCUCUUUCAAGGAAAUCAUGGCUUUGUAGCUCCUGUCGUAACCACCGCUACACACUGGAGACCUGUCAACUACACUUUUCCCCCUCCGGUUAUUUCUCACACUUCCCCAACAAAGGUAUGGAGAAAUAAAGAGGGAGCAAGUGCUUAUCAAGUACAAGAAACCCCAGUUUCUCAGGUUGUAAGAAAGAAGACAUCAUCUUAUGUUGGACUAGUUCUUGUUCUUCUCAGAGGGCUUCCAGGAUCAGGAAAAUCUUUUUUGGCAAGGACUUUGCAAGAGGAUAAUCCUAGUGGAAUCAUUCUUAGUACUGAUGAUUAUUUUUACAUAAAUGGACAGUACCAGUUUGAUGUAAAGUACUUAGGAGAAGCACAUGAAUGGAACCAGAAUCGUGCAAAAGAAGCAUUUGAGAAGAAGGUGUCUCCUAUAAUAAUAGACAAUACAAACCUACAGGCAUGGGAAAUGAAGCCAUAUGUUUCUUUGUCUCAAAAACAUAAAUAUAAAGUUCUUUUCCGGGAACCGGACACAUGGUGGAAGUUCAAACCAAAGGAACUUGCAAGACGUAAUAUUCAUGGGGUAAGCAAAGAAAAAAUAACAAGAAUGUUGGAACACUAUCAGCGUUUUGUUUCAGUGCCAAUAAUCAUGAGUUCUUCAGUUCCAGAGAAAAUUGAACGUAUUGAGUUGUGUGCAUAUUCUUGUGAGGACAGAAGUACUAGCCCAAGAGACAAUGAAGAUAUUACCUCUGAAAAAGAAGAAAAUGUUUUAUCCUCAUCUUUGAAGCAUCUAGAGUUAACUGAAGUGAAGAAACUUGAAGGGACCAAAGAAACUAUAUUACCUGAGAAUGUUACAUAUCUGUCUAAUGCAGAUUUAAACAAAGGAAGAAGAGAAAUAAGUGGUAUGAAUCCUAACAUUCAGAGUGCUUUCAUUCAGGAAGUUUCAGACAUGUAUUUUUCUGAUUCUGAAAGCAAAGGACAAGCAACAGAAAAAAGUGAGAAAGAAGAGCAAGUAGAAAUGGCUUCUGAAAAAGAAUAUAGUAAAACUGAUGCUGAUAGUUUCAUAGAGAGAGUGUCACCAAGUAUUUGCUAUGGUGAAAAUAAUCAAGACUAUGAUCUUUCAAAUACUAUACCAUUUCAAAAUGAAAAAUCUUCACCUGGUGAAAUAUUGGAAGAAAGAGCCAUGGUAAAGAAAAAAGCCUUUGGAAAACCAAAAAGCAAAUCAACUUUGGAAAAGUUCCCAAGACAUGAGCUAUCAAAUUUUGUUGGUGAUUGGCCAGUUGAUAAGACUAUUGGUCAGAGGACAAAAAGGAACCGAAAAACUGAAAAAACUUCAUCUGUACAAAGUGACAAAAAGUAUAAUCGCCCUCAGACACGCAAAGUAUUAGAUAAUAGUCUAUCUGUGAAUAUUGAUCACAUCCAGCAGCGAGAAUCUCCACAUGAAAGUACAGAGGAGGACAAGAAAUCACAGUAUGAUGAUGCUUCAGAAUCUUUCAGUCACUCUCAGUUUGAUCUGUAUAAAAAUACUGAAAAACAAUCAUUCAGCAUUGUGGGUGACUGGCCUUCAUCUGAUUCUUUAGCUCAGAGAGAGCACAGAUCAAGAAUGCCAAAAGACAGCUUAAAGGAACCCAAUCUAGAAUUUGGAACUAAUGACAGUUUGAAUGAAAUAGCCUUCUACACAGCACAUGAGGCCUGUUGGGGCACAAGCCCUGAAGAACUAAAAACACUGGGUAGUUCCAGUUCUACUCUAGGAAGUUCUGAAUCGCUAUCCAGUGAAAUGGCCUGUGAGAAUAAAACUUGUCCAAGUAAAAAGAUUCAUAGACAAAACACAUUGUCUCUUACUUUUACCAAUAGUGGGCCAACUAUUCCUGGAGUAGUAGGACCACAAACUUUAGCAGAAUUUCCAGAAGGAAAACUUAAGAAAGUCCCUGGAAUAGAAGAAGGCAUGUGUACCCAGACUGAACCACAGGAUUUUGCUCUCUUAUGGAAAAUAGAAAAGAAUAAAAUUAGUGUUUCAGAUUCUGUGAGAGUAUUAACCGGACGAUUAGAUGGAUUUAAACCAAAAGCUUUCAAUAUUAACACAAAAUUAGACAUUCAAGAAACAAUUCCAUAUAGGGUAAUGUAUGAUAAAAGCACAUAUGUUGAAGAAAGUGAGCUCACCAGUGCUGAUGAAUCUGAAAAUCUUAACAUUCUUUGUAAACUCUUUGGGUCCUUUUCAUUAGAAGCCCUAAAAGACUUAUAUGAGAGGUGUAACAAAGAUAUUAUUUGGGCUACAAGCCUUUUGUUGGACUCUGAAACUAAAUUAUGUGAGGAUACUGAAUUUGAGACUAUCCAAAAAUCAUACGACGAAGCACAAAUUGGGCCGUUUUCUCUGGGAUUAAAUUUGAAGGAAAUUAUUAGCCAAAGAGGAACCUUGGAGGAUUCUAUUUCUUCUGUGCCAGAAUUUGGCCAUGGCACUGUUGUCAGUAACACUAAUGUGCAGUCUACCUGUGAUUCAGAAAAGGGACACUCAGAGCAGGCAGAAAUAAGAGCUAUCACUACUGAAAAACCAGGAUUCAUAACAGAUUUAUUUCCUAAUGGCACUACAGAUCUAAAGAAUACUAAUGAAGUACUUCCUGGUAGUCAGGCAGAACUUCCAGGUUUAUAUAACAUUAAGCAGCCUUUUUCAGGGACUCUAAAAGCUGCUACUGCUAACGAUGUGAGGGACAUGGAGAAGAACCUAGAAGUCACAGAGAUUGGAGACAGUAUACAUUCUUCUUUGAAUUUGUCUGAUGUUUUAAACUCUGUAUCGAGCACUUCAAAUCUGGAGUUAAAUGAAGAAGUUGAUUUUACUGACUCUUUUGAAAUAAAGAAAAAUGAAAAUCUUCCUAAGACUUAUGUGAAAUUUCCAAACACUGAAGAAUUUAUGAAUGAAGAUGAACAGGAAAUGGAGAAAAUUCUAAUGGCUGAGAGUACUUUGUCAGCUGGAGUUAGUGAAGAAGAUAAAACUGAGAUGUUGAAUCCCAUGCCAAUGAUGGCCAAAUCUCUGACCAUAGACUGUUUGGAAUUGGCAUUACCUCCUGAGCUGGCUUUUCAGCUCAAUGAAUUAUUUGGCCCUGUUGGUAUUGAUUCAGGGUCUCUAACAGUUGAGGAUUGUGUGGUUCAUAUAGAUCUGAAUCUGGCUAAAGUGAUUCAUGAGAAAUGGAAAGAAUCUGUAAUGGAGCGACAAAGACAAGAAGAAGUAUCCUCUGGCAAGUUUACGCGAGAUCCUUCCCUGGUUGGGAGUAUUGGUCUUGAUAAUCCUGAACAAAAGUCAUCUCAGAGAACAGGCAAAAAAUUACUGAAGACUUUAGCAGCACCUGAAAUGCUACCCUUAUUGGAUCAUUGGAACACUCAAACUAAAAAAGUGUCACUCAGAGAAAUAAUGUCAGAAGAAAUUGCCUUACAGGAAAAACAUGAUUUGAAAAGGGAGGCACUUAUGUUUGAAAAAGAUUGUGCCACUAAACUAAAGGAGAAGCAGCUUUUUAAGAUAUUUCCAGCUAUUAACCAAAAUUUUCUGGUGGACAUAUUCAAGGACCACAACUAUUCAUUAGAACACACAGUCCAGUUUCUAAACUGCGUUCUUGAAGGAGACCCUGUGAAAACAGUUGUAGCGCAAGAGUUUGUUCAUCAAAAUGAGAAUGUCACUUCUCAUGCUACACAGAAGUCUAAGGAGAAAAAGGCCAAGAAAUCGAAAGAGACUGAAGAUACACCAAGUGAACCAUCUUUCCAGGAUUUUGAGUAUCCAGAGUAUAAUGACUACAGGGCAGAAGCUUUCCUUCAUCAACAGAAGAGAAUGGAAUGCUACAGCAAAGCAAAAGAAGCUUACCGGAUGGGGAAAAAACACGUUGCCACGUUUUAUGCCCAGCAGGGUAGUCUCCAUGAGCAGAAGAUGAAAGAAGCCAAUCACCUUGCUGCUGUGGAGAUCUUUGAGAAAGUCAAUGCCUCCUUGCUGCCACAGAACGUUUUAGACCUCCAUGGGCUGCAUGUGGAUGAAGCUAUAGAACAUUUGAUGACAGUUUUACAGCAGAAAACUGAAGAAUUUAAGCAGAAUGGUGGUAAGUCCUAUCUCUCUGUGAUUACGGGGAGAGGAAACCACAGCCAAGGAGGAGUUGCUCGCAUCAAACCAGCCGUCAUUAAAUACCUCACAAGCCAUAGCUUCAGGUUCUCUGAAAUUAAACCAGGGUGCUUGAAAGUCAUGCUAAAGUAAAAUAAACGUCCUUGACUUAGAAGUGUGAAGGUUUGUAGGUUAGUUUUAUUUACAGUAAUUUAGUCAAUUUUACUGUACACAUGUAUUUUAUUAGAAAUGUCCAAUUAUAACAAAAACAUUAUAAUGAUGUUUUUCAGAAUUCAAGAGAAGUUUAAUUUUUUACUGAAUCAAAUGCCAAAUACGUUGUCUGUUAAAAAUACUGAAGAGAAUUUUUAUUGAUUAUAAAGUGUCCAAGAAAAUUAUCAGCUGUGGUUUUAAAGUUUGAAGUGCUCUGAUUCUUUUUCAGAGAGAAAAUGUUACCUUUGUGUUAAUUGUUGUUAACAUUUAGUAAAAUCCAAAAGGCAUCUUUGAGAGGCAUUUAAAGUGCUUUGAGACCUGGUUCAUGCCCAUCAAAGGCUUGUAUUAAAAGAAGGAGAAGUAGUGGUAGUAGUAAUGAAAGAAAGGAAAUGUAACAAAAGCACUUGAAUGCUUUUUGAUAUCAAAGCUAAAUACAAAAAAUCAUUUCAUUUUGCCAUAUCCUGCAGGAAGAAAGACAUGCUGUUUGUACUUUCUUCUGUUUUGUAUAUGAUCUUGAUCUCUUACCUUUUGUUCGUUUGUUCUGUAUGUGUGCAUUUCCUAGGAGGAAAGUUGGAGCCUGAGAUUAUAUUGCAGUUUUAUACCUUCUGUAGGCAGUAAAGUUUUUAGAGAAGAUGAAAUGGUUAGAUAUCUACAAGUAUCAGUGUCUUAAUAGAACUACUUCUAGAGCUGUCUGUGUAAGUGGUAUUUAAGACAGUACUAAAGAGCUAUAUUUUAUAUUUGAGUCAUGUAAUUUCUAAACAGUAGUGGGUCAAGAGCCUAUUAACUUAAAUGUAGAAGACAUUUUUGAUAUAAUCUUUAAAGGAAUCCUUACAAUUUAAAAGUUUUUUACCUUUGUUUUUUAAAAAAGAGCCAACUUUCUGAAAGGAAACUUUCAUUGACUUUGUUUUGUGUGAGCUAAAAAGUCCUGUUAGUAUGUCAACUAUAAAAUGUAAAUUUCAUUUUUACACGUUUAAUGUGGUAAAGUGUAGUUUUUCAGUAUAAAACAAUGGCUUAAAUAAAUUUGUCUUUGGAUAUGGAGAAUAUUUCCAACAUAUGUAAUUUAACAAACAGUUGUGUUGGAUUUUGAUAAGCUUAAACAUCAUUUGGAUCAGGAAUUAUAGGGUUGAGCUAUUACUGAAAGAAUCCUGAACUACAGAAUGGUUUCUCAAAAGAACAGACAUUUUAAUGAAAAUAAAACUCAAAAACACAUUUUUGCAUAUCAUGAAAGCAUGCUUUUAAAAGAAGACCUGUAUCAUUACAUUUAUUUCCACGAAAAUAAAAUGUUUAUUAUUUAGAAAUGAUUAGUGAGUGGUAUUGAAAUAUUUUCUCAUGGUUGUAAUAAUUUGUUUAAAAAAGAAAAAAUGCCACCAGUUUAGCAUAUGUUUUUUGUAGUGUCUAGAGGAGUUGUAUACAUUAAAAAUAAAGCAAUUCGUUUCAAGAACUUACUAUAAAACUACAACUGUUAAUGAAGUAAAAUGUUUUUAUGUGUAAAUUAAUAUGAUUUAAGAAAUGUGAAUAAUAGUACUAAAACCUGGGGUUACUUGAGGGUGUGCAGCUGCAUACUCAUUUUCCAUGAUUUUAUAUUUCCUCACCCAGUUUAAAAAAGCAUUGCUUUUGAGCACUUCAGCUAGAUUUAUUUCAGUAUUAUUGUAAUUAUGAUUAGUGUGGGAGCAGUCAAAAAGAACAAGGGAUGAAGUGUUUUGUGGGCAGAAACCAAAUGAAAGAAGCUAUGUUUUCUGCUGUAUCAACCUUAAUGUUAGGCUUUAUUUUGGUAAAUCUAAGGUAUUUUUUCUUCAUCAUAUCAUUCAUAAGUAUAUAGGCAAAUUUUGAGCAUGAUAUGUGCUUUUAUGAAGUUGUUUUAAUCCUAAACUGCCUCCCACCUCACUGUCUAGCAUAGUUUAAACAACACAUAAUUAUGAAAGAAAAAUUUUAUAGUUUCUCCUUUCUUGUUUUGCCCAUUUCUAAAUCCUAUAUGCCAAAGGUAAACAUAGUUUGGGGAUUAUCAAAUUUUUCUCUUGCUCUUUUCCAAGCCCUGUGUGUCAAAAGUAAGGAGAGUGUGUGGAUUAUCAACAUCUUCAGGUAUUGGUAUAUUAGUGCUAAUACAGGUCUAAUUAGAAUGGCUCUUUGCAAAUGUAUUAAUAUUUUAAAAGUACAACACUUCUGUAGUUUGGAAGGUUUUAGUAACUGUUCUGUCUUUUCACUAGUCUCUCAUCUGUGUCUACCAGGAGAAAAAAGAGAACUAAUGUGGAAACCACAGGGAACGAGGGGUUAGACUUAGGAAACUCUUCAACAGUAUUUUCAAUUCAUCCAAUUCCUUACUUCAACAUGAGUUAUGGAAGCAUGUUGUCUUAGGUUUAUUGGCUGUUCAUAUAACUCAUAUUAUUUUCAAGUUGAGGUUUUUUUCAAUUUAUUAGUGUUUCCAUACUAUUUGCAAUUCUGUGGCCUUUAUGCGGCAUAUUACGUAGUAGAAAUUCUGACUUAUACUUUAAAGUGUCUUGUUUAUUCAAUACAUUUUGAGAAGAAAGGUUAAAUAAUUCUGUUGGGUUGUUUCCAGUCCUUAUUUCAGUCUUUUUCUUUUUAAAUUCAAGUGUUUUGUGUGCUUAGAAAGCGGACAUAUGUAAUAGCGAGAUUGGUUAUUUCUGAGCUGGAAAUCGGAAACUUUGAGACUCAGGAAAUUGCUCUGACAAUGUUUUAACUGCUCUCAAUUUAAGAAAAUGACAAAAUGUAUAAAAAAGACACAAAAAUAAUGUGUGCUGUUUUUUCCAAGUGCUUUCCUAAGUGCUUUUCCAUUGUGUAAUGAGGUGAAGUUUGAUAAUUUUCUGUGUAGUGGUUAAAUAUUGCUUAUUUUUAUUUACAUGGUAAAGAAAACAAAUUUAAAUGUUUGUGUGGCCAAAAGAAGUGUCAUUUAAAAGGUUAAGUGAAUGUAUGUAGAAUGUAUGUUAAUGGUGCUUAUUUUUAAAAUGUAAUUCAAGUUUACAGUAUUAUUCAAGCCUCUUUAUAGAAUUUAGUAGAGAAACAAGGCCAGAAGACAUGUAUGUCCCGAAGAGCCUUUUAUAACUUAACAUUAUAGAAUGACAAAUUUUAUUAUUUUCCUUAAUGUUGAGCAGUUGCUUUUUAUGGUCCAAAUGGUGAACCUGUUAUUAACAAAUGAUUGAUUUAACCAUGAAACUUCUCAUUAAAAUAUAAUAUUGCAGCUAUCAGUUGGAGAAUAUAUUAUAAAAUUUUCAGACAGUAUAUCAGAAAUGAGAUGUUUUUAUUUGUACUAUAAAGAAAAUGUAAUUUUGCUGUUAACUCUGUACUUUUUUAUUGAAAAUGUUUUAUAACUUUGCUUUUAAAAUUUCUUAUGAAACCAUUUGCAGAUUACAUACUUAAUUUAAUAAAAUACUUUAGCCACAGUCCACUGUGAGGAAAUCCUUCAUUUGAUGUGGUAGGGUUAGUGGUUUAAAUAUUAAAAUAUAUCUUUAUGUGUAACUUUGUAAUUUCAAGGGAAAGAAAAGGGUCAUAAAAUUUUUAUUUCUGUACCACAGCUUUUAUUCUUUGCUAUAGCAAAUAGGGGUCCACUUUUGAACCAGAUAAAUUAUCUUUUUGAUGGUAAAAUUAAGAAUAGUGGCUCUAAAGAACUCAAGUAAUACUUUAAUUAAUAUUAAAGACCUUUGAACUUUAUUCAGCCCACAGCAGAAUAAUUCACUCAGUUAGCAUCGACUUAAAAUUUUUUAUUUAACAAAUAUUAGUUAAGCACUUGUCACUGGGGAUACAAUCUGAGACAGAGCUUCUCUCUACAGGUGUCUUAUAAUUCUCAUCAACUCUCUGUGCAUAGUUAUUUAUGCUAUGAAGCACUUCCGUGUAUGUUAUAUUUUAAGACUCAAGAGAAUCUUACUGCAUAGUUGUCUUACAGAGGCUUAGAGAAGCCAACUCAUUUGCUAGUUAGUGGCAGAGGUAAGACUGCAACCUAGAUUCUCUAACUCCUACUAUAGAACAACUACUUUUUUCAUACAAGUAAGAAUAAUUACUUAAAAAUAAUAUUCCAUUACCGCCAAGUAAGAGAGAUGUGGCUCUACCGUAUAAGUCUAUGAAAAACUGCCACUUACAAAUCUGCCUUCCUCCUAUAUCUAAAGGAAGCUGGUAUCAUGGGUUUUCCAGUGACAAAAAUAAAAGUUUAUUUCUCUCUUAAUGUAAUACAGACUCAAGGUCUGAUGGGUUUGCUCAUUUCCAUGAAUUUUUUGGAGAUCUAGGAUCCUUUAAUUUUUAGCUUACCACCCUUAUCAUACCCAAGCUGUGGCCUUCAUUUCCUAAACCAGGGUGGGUAGCUAGAGCUCUAAUAAUCAAACCUGCAUUCUGUUGGGAGGCAGGACAAAGAAGAAAGGAGCAAUGGGCAAGUGCCAGCAAUUUUUUUUUUUUUAUAAUACAUAUUUGGAAGUUGCCAUUCAACACUUCCACUUAUAUCUUAUUGGCUGGAACUUAGUCAUGUGGUCACAUCUAGCUGCAAGAGAUGCUGGAAAAUUAUCUUUAUUUCAGUGUACUAUAUGUUCAACUACAACAUGGACAUUCUCUUGGAGGAAAGAGCAUGUAUAUUAGGGGAAUUAAUAGCAGUUUCUGCCACAUUUUUCAUCACUGAAUGUAAAUAAUGUGAAAAUUAGUUCUUGAUGCUUUCUGUCAACAUAUCUUUGUUGAUGAUUACUCUGUGCUAGGAAUAAUAAAAAGGAAAUCACAGUUGUAUGCAUUUUAACUUAAGUAUUCAAAUGAUACCACUAACCAACAUGGCUGAUCAGGGUGGUGGUUGCUGAAGGUUGGGGUGGUUGUAGCAAAAUUUAAAAAGAGACAAAAACAAAGUUUGCUACAUCGAUUGACUCUUAUUUUGUGAUGAUUUCUUUGUAGCAUGUGAUCCUGUUGGAUAGCAUUUUACCCACAGCUGAUUUUUCAGAAUUGGAGUCCAUCCUCUCAAACUCUGCCACUGCUUUAUCAAUGAAUUUUUUUUUUUUGAUAGUGUAAAUCGUUUGUUGUCAUUUCAACAGUCUUCACAGCUUCUUCACCAGCAGUAGUUUCCAUCUAAAUAAACCACUUUCUGUGCUCGUCUGUAAGAAGCAAUUUAUCAUCUGUGAAAGUUUUGUGAGAUUGCAGCAAUUCAGUCACAUCUUCAGGUUCCACUUCUAAUUCUAGUUCUCUUGUAUUUCAUCCACACCUGCGGUUACUUCUUCCACUGAAGUCUUGAGUUCCUCCACAUCAUCCAUGAGGGUUGGAAUUACCUCCCAACUCCUGUUAAUAUUGAUAUUUUGACCUCUGCUCAUGAAUCAGGAAUGUUCUUAAUGGCAUUGAGAAUGGUGACUCCUUUCCAGAAGGCUUUCAUAUCCGUCAGAGCAAUUACUAUCUAUGGCAGCUAUAGCCUUAUGAAAUACAUUUUUUAAAUAAUAAGACUUGAAAGUCAAAAUGACUCCUUGAUCCAUAGGUUGCAGAAUGGAUGUUGUGUGAGCAGACAUGAAAACAACAAUAAUCUUGUAUAUCUCCAUCAGAACUCUUGGGUGACAAGGUAUUGUUGAUGAGUAGUCAUAUUUUGAAAGGAAUCUUUUAUUUUCGGAGCAGUAGGUCAGUAAACCAUGUUAUAAGAGCUGUGCUGUCAUUCUGGCUUUGUUCCUUGUAUAGAGCAUAGGGAGAAUAGAUUUAGCAUAAUUGUUAAGGGCUCUAGGGUUUUUGGAAUGGUAAAUGAGCCUCCUCUUAAAGACACCAGCUACAUUAGCAGUUAGAAGGCUGUUUCAUCUAUAUCAAAAAUCUGUUUAGUGUAGCCACCUUUGUUAUUGAUCUCAACUGGAUCUUCUGGAUAAUUUGCUACAACUUCUCCAACAUCAGCCCGUGCUGCUUCACCUUGCACUUUGAUGUUACGGUGGUGGCUUCUUUCCCUAAACCUCACGAACCAGUCUCUGCCACCUCCAUACUUUUAUUCUGCAGCUUCCUCACCUCUCUCAGCUUUAACAGUGGUGAAGAGAUUUGGGAUCUUGUUCUGGAUUGGGCUUUGGCUUAAGGGAGUUAUGUGGUUGGUUUGAUCUAUCUGGACCACUGAAACUUUCUCUGUGUCAGCAAUAAGGCUGUUUCACUAUCUUAUUCAUAUGUUCACUGAAGUAGCACUUUUAAUUUCCUUCAACAACUUUUCCUUUGCAUUCACAAUGUGGCUGUCACAAGAGGUCUAGCUUUCGGCCUUUCUUGGCUUUCGACAGGUCUUCCUCGCUAAAUCUAAUCAUUUUUAGUUUUUAAUUUAAGGUGACAUAUGUGACUCUUCCUUUCACUUAAACACUUAUAGGCCAUUGUAGGGUUAUUAAUUGGCCUAAUUUUGAUAUUAUUAUGUCUCAGAAUAGAGAGGCCCAAGGAGAGGGAAAGAGAGAGGGGAGCAGCCAGUGGGGACAGUCAGAACACAUAUAACAUUUACCAAGCACAGUCUGUGCCCCCCUCAACCAAACAAUUACAAUAGUAACAUCAAAGAUCACUGAUCACAGACCACCAUAACAAAUAUAAUAAUAAUAACGCAAAAACUUGAAAUAUUAGAAGAAUUGCCAAAAUGCGACAGAUACGAAAUGAACAAAUGCUGUUGGAAAAAUGGCACCAAUAGACUUGCCUGAUGCAGAGUUGGCACAAACCUUCAUUUUGUAAAAAAUACAAUCUGUGAAGUGCAAUAAAACAAAAUGCCAUGAAAUGA